AUGACGAGUUAUUCUCUGGUGAUAGUAACUGCAUUGAUGUACAUGACUAAGGAGUUGAUGGUGGUUGAUGCGCUUGGUAAUUCGACUAUUUAUACCGAAGACGAUGAAGAAUUGGCCUCAUUAAUGGAGCUUUUGGCUGAGCAGUACGCGCCCAGGUGCCUCAGGGUAGUCGUAGGAGAUGCCAGGCUCUGGAAUGGCAAUUGGGGCCGUGAUCACGUUAUCAUCAACCCAAACAACUACAUUGAAGCCCAAAACACCAUAGAGUUUAUCAAGGAGAACCUGCUGAGCGUGACCACAUACUCGUGUGUCGUCUACAUGGCCCCACACCCACUCUUGCUACGUCCUCAGCUCCUGGCGGCCAUCACUGACCUCUCCAAGAAACAUAUCAACCGAUAUAUCGUCGCUCGGGCCGCUAGCGUCACUCACGCCAGCGAAUUCCUCUUAGAUAAGCGUCUUAGCCAAGAGGAACACGUAGCAGCCCUUGUGAAGAAGACAGGGCGUAGAGGAUCCUGGUGGCAAGUGCUCAACCGGCAGCUGUAUCAUCACUCAGGCUCACCGGAGGUUCAACAGAUCACCACGUGGUCCAAAGGAAGAGUUUUACACACCAGAAGAAAACUAUUCCCCGAGCAGAUGGCCAACUUCUACGGUCUCAGGAUGGUUGGCGUCACGUUGGACUUCCGACCCUUCACGGACUUCGAGGUAAACCCUGGUUCCAGGAGGGUAAAGGCCAGGCCAUCGCUAGAUAUCUUUAUUCUAAACGAGAUCGCCAGGAAGCUAAAUUUCACUUACGACUUGGUCAUGCCUGUUGAUGGUCUCUGGGGCUUCCUGAAGGACGACGGCCACUGGACGGGCGUGGUCGGAGAGGUGGAGUCCGGACGAGCCAACUUCUCCCUCGUGCUAUCAGUGACUUUUGAACGGACUCGAAUCGUCGAUUUCACUCGCAUGUAUUACCUCGACCCCCUGAGCUUUGUGACGGCCAAGAGCCGCCAUCAGCCCCCUUGGCUCAAGCUUAUCACCCCCUUCAGUGGUCAGGUGUGGGUGGUGUCGUCGGCAUCUGUGGUGGUGGCUGUGGUGCUCUACUGGGUCAUCUUCCGAGCCCAGGCCGUCUUCGGCUCGUCCGUCGUGACUCCCUCAAGGGCUUUCAUAUAUAUCUUCGGGGCCUUCCUCGGCCAACCUCUUCCAAGGAUGGCCUGGUUCUCGGCCGGCAAGGUUCUUCUGGGGUUCUGGUUGGUGUACUCCUUCCUGGUGACAUCAUACUACAAGACUUCACUGACAGCUACCCUAGCAGCCCCCUCAAUCCCGCCAACCAUCGACACACUGCACCAGCUUCUGCGGUCCAACCUCAAGUUCGGCAUGAUCGACGCUAAGGGAUCAGAGUUCCAGCUCUUCUCGACCUCCAACGUGACACUCUAUCAGAAAAUGUUUAAGGAAAUGAGCUUCUACUCGUCCUCCGAGAGCAUGCAGCGCGUCGCAGCCGGUCACUACGCUUACAUCUACUUCAAGAGUAACUUAGAGACGAUCGUUAGUACCAAGUUCACAAGCCUGGGAGGCAAGACAGACUUGCAUGUGGCUUCUGAGAACUUUUUUCCUGGUGGAUAUGGUUGGGCUUUCCCCAAGGGAGCACCUUACGGGAGAAUGUUUGACAAGGUCAUGUGGCGCUGUGUCCAAGCUGGCCUGAUAGACAAGUGGUUGAAGGACCUCUACACUAUCUACUUAGAGGAGACGAUGAACCAAAAGACGCCGCAGGAGAGAUUAGAAGAGAAAGAAGCUGCCAGCGCCAAGAGCAAUAACGACGUGGUGCUGAACCUGGACCACUUACAGGGAGCAUUCUUCUCACUCCUCUUGGGCACUGCUGCUGGAGUUCUACUCCUGCUGAUGGAGUGCGUCUUCAGCAGGUUCCUGUCCUCAGUGGCCUUGACCUCUAACUGUCCCCUGGGUCAGAGUCAUGCCUCUGGGUCAAUCAUGAAACCAAUCGUUUUAAUGUGCAGGCGAUGA